ACGAAAUUAUCAGUGUAUUGACGAUGUUGGCGCUACCAUGACGCCGGUUCGUGCUCGUGGUUUUAUUUACAUAGUUUAGUUAAACUUGUAUGGGUCGCCAGAAGAUAUGAGUCUGUGUCCUGAAAAAUUGUAGCGUAAUGAGUAGACGUCGAGCUACUUAUUAAAUAGAUAGCAAUGACAGACGGCAAAGAUAAUGAGUCGCCAGAUAGAAAUUCUCAUAGUAACAAACACGAAGAAGACAUGAAUACAGUCAAUUCAUUAAAAUCGGAAGAAAACGAAAUCUUAGCACACUAUACAAAAGAAAAUGUUUCUCCUCCUGUAGAGAGAGUCAAAUUUGAAGGUUUGGAUGAUAAGGAUAGUAUAUGCUCUGAUGAAUCAGACAGUGAGAAACUACCGCCGAUUCCCGAUGGGGGAUGGGGCUGGGUAGUUGUAGUUUCAGCUUUUCUUGUAUCAGCUUGCGCCGAUGGCUUGGCUUUCUCAUUUGGAUUAUUACAUGAAGAAUUUACAAAUUACUUUGAAACAACACAGUCAAAGACGUCUUUAAUUGGAAGCCUUUUUAUAGCUACUCCACUUUUAGCCGGGCCAAUAAUGAGUGCAUUGGUAGACAGAUAUGGAUGUAGGAUCAUGACAAUGAUUGCAGGUAUCCUAUCGACAAUUGGCUUUCUAUUAGCUGCUAUAAGUAAUUCCGUAGCAAUGCUUUGUUUGACUUUCGGAUUUAUGAGCGGUCUUGCCAUGGGUAUAUUAUACGUUACAGCUGUCGUAUCAGUUGCCUUUUGGUUUGAUAAAAGGAGAAAUUUAGCCGUGUCACUGGCUUCGUGCGGCAUCGGGUUCGGAACUUUAAUUUACUCUCCAAUGACGCAAUAUUUUCUACAACAAUACGAUUGGAGAAAUACUGUUAUUUUAUUGGCUGGCACUUUGUUAAACAUGUGCGUUUGUGGAGCUUUAAUGAGAAACCCAGAGUGGCUGAAGAUAAAGAUGAAGAGACAACGUAAAUUAUCCAAAGCUAGAUCGAGGCGAUCAUCAAGCGGUGGUUCAGUUUCCUCGAGAUCAGUAGGAGGCGAAUCUGUGUAUCUGGAUUCAGAGGAACUCAAAUCUUUAUUGAAGAGCGGGAAAAGUCCUGAAUACAUUUUAGCUACUCUGGCUGAAUCUAUUGCUGAAGCCGAAAAGUUAGAAAAUACAACUCAAUUGAAUGCAGAACCUACAUAUAAGAGAAUGCAUUCCGCUAUUCAUUUACCUACAUUCGUUCAACAAAGAGAAAAAGUGCCAACAGAAGUGAUAGAAAAAUUGAUGAACAACACCCAACUGUACAAUAUAAUAUUAGAAAAUUAUCCAGAUCUACUUACAAGGCGGAAAUCUGAAGCCUACAUUAACACCGAAAGAACAUCAGAGGAAACAACUAAUGAGACACCUAAAUUACCAGUGCAAAUCAAAAUAAAGAAACCUAAAGAUGAUUCUGAACUUAAUAAAAAUAGACAUGAUACCGCGAAAUCUGGAGACGGUGAAAAUGAAUUUACAGAAAAUAAUAAAGAUGAAUCAGCGCAUGUAGAAAAAUCUCGAAAUAAAAGUCACCAUCAUCAUCACCACACUUCUCAUAGAGAUGUCAAAGAUCCUCCUCCAUCAACUAACUGGAUAACAAGACAAAUUUCUACAGACCACCACUAUCUUAAAGAUAUGCCUUUGUACAGGAAUACCAUUAUGUAUCGAGGAGCAAUGAUGAAUAUUCCAAGAUACAAAUUAAGAGCCUCAUCCUUACCAGACAUAUAUAGAAAUUCCAUGUGGUCAAUAGGUUCUGAAUCUGAUGAGGAAAUGCGCUGGUAUCAUCAUUUCUGGGACACGGUCAAAAACACCUUUGACUUUAAGAUGUUCACCGAGUUUCACUUCCUCAUGUUCAACCUGUCUUCCCUGAUUCUCUCCGUGUGGUUCAUCGUGCCGUACUUCUUCCUGAAAUCUUACAUGACUGAGAGUAGUAUGGAUGGCGGUGCCAUGAUGAUCAGUAUUAUUGGAGUCGCUAGUGCGAUCGGAAUAGUUGUCCUAGGGUGGGCUGGGGAUCAGCCUUGGGUCCAUGUGACGAAGACCUACGCUAUCUGCCUUACCAUAUGCGGUCUGUCUGUUGCUGCCUACCCCAUCUUCAUCACUAACUACUGGGCCCUGACCGUAAUCUCUGCCAUCUUCGGUCUAUCCUUCGCCAGCUCCUACUCUUACACACCAGCUAUAUUGAUGGAACUGAUGCCAAUAGAUCACUUCACUAUUGCUUAUGGACUGAUAUUAUUGAGUCAAGGGAUUGGCCAUUUGGUGGGACCGCCUAUUGGGGGUAUGCUGUACGACUUGACUGGUUCCUGGGACCUGACAUUCUACAUGGGGGGACUGUGGUUGGUGAUCUCUGGAGUGUGCAUCGCUGUUAUUGCCUACACGGACGACGUGCGCAUGUGCGGGAGAGCGCAGCUACUGAAGGAGGCCGAGGCGGAGAAGACUGAAAGCGAGGCUGUAAUAGUAUAGUGAAGAAGGAUAAAAAAGAAGUAGUGACUGUACUAACGAUGAGCAAAGAAAAUAAAGCUAAGCAAGUAUGUUAUUGUGAAGUGAAGAAGGAUAACAAAAGAAGUAGUGACUGUAGUGACGAUGAGCAAAGAAAAUAAAGCUAAGCAAGUAUGUUAUUGUGAAGUGAAGAAGGAUAACAAAAGAAGUAGUGACUGUAGUGACGAUGAGCAAAGAAAAUAAAGCUAAGCAAGUAUGUUAUUGUGAAGUGAAGAAGGAUAACAAAAGAAGUAGUGACUGUAGUGACGAUGAGCAAAGAAAAUAAAGCUAAGCAAGUAUGUUAUUGUGAAGUGAAGAAGGAUAAAUAAAUAAGUAGCGAGUGUAGUGACGAUGAGUAAAAACAGCUAAGCGAGUCUGUUUUUGUAGUAAGUAGUGAUAAGAAAGGAUAAAUAAGCGAAGUAGGAGUGUGAAGUGACUACGUGCACGGAAAUCUGUCACUGUAUAGUGGAAAAAAUACUUAAGCGACGCUGUUUGUAGGUAGGUAUGUGGUUAUUAUGUUAUGAAUUUAUAUAACGUGUAAGUUUCUGAUAAACAGAUAGAAAUAAUGCAUAAGUGACGCUAUUUUGCUAAUAAUUAUUAUUCGAGUUAUGUGUUGAAGACAUAAAAGGGUAUUAAACGUCAUUGUGUUUUC